CAUUAGCUCAACCUCCCUGAAACCUUCUCCUUCAGAUCCCCUCUUCAGUCAUGUUGGGGACCCUAGGGUUUUGGAUGCUUUUUCCUGCAGCUGUGCAGGGGUGCCGAGACAGUGAUGAGCCGGGCUGUGAAUCCCCCCGAUGUGAGCCAGCCCGCCUUGCCCACCCAAGCCCUGGCUCCACUCUCUUCACAUGCUCCUGUGGCACUGAUCUCUGCAAUGCUAAUUACAGCCACCUGCCACCUCCAGGGAUCUCAAGGACCCCCAACUCUCAGGGUCCCCAGUCUCCACCUGGGGACUCCUUUCUGGUGGUGGUGUCUCUGCUGGGGCUGUUUCUCCUUCUUAUGCUGGGCAGCAGCAUCUUGGCCCUUCGGCAGCGGAAGGCAUUUAGGGCCUCUGGGGGCCAGGAACUAGAAUCUGAGCCAGGCCGCAGUUGGAGCCAGGAGUUGCCGGAGCUGCAGGAAUUAUGCUUCUCUCAGAUCCUGCAAGAGGGAGGCCACACAGUGGUGUGGGCAGGACACCUACAGGGGGAGGCGGUGGCCAUCAAGGCCUUCCCCCCUUGGGCAGCACCCCAAUUUCAGGCAGAAAGGGCCCUCUACGAGCUGUCUGGCCUGCAGCAUGACAACAUAGUACGAUUUAUUGCCGCUGGCAGAGGGGGCCCCGGCCCUCAGCCCCCCGGUCCCCUGCUGGUUCUUCAGCUCUACCCCAAGGGCUCCCUACGCCACUACUUGGCCCACCAUACCUGUGACUGGCUCCACUCUAUAAAGCUUGCACUCUCUCUGACUAGGGGCCUGGCCUUCCUUCAUGAGGAAUCCUGGAGAGAUGGUCAAUAUAAACCAGGCAUUGCCCAUAGGGACCUGAGUAGCCACAAUGUGCUUGUCCGGGAUGAUGGCUCUUGCGCCAUUGGAGACCUGGGCCUUGCCUUGGCUCUUCCUGGCCUCACUCAGCCCCCUACCUGGCUCCCCACUCAACCCCGGGGCCCAGCCACCAUCAUGGAGGCUGGAACUCAGCGGUACAUGGCCCCAGAGAUUCUGGACAAGACUCUGGACCUUCAGGACUGGGGGAUGGCCCUUCGGCGGGCUGACAUCUACUCUCUUUCACUGCUCUUGUGGGAGAUGCUAAGUCGAUGCCCUGACCUAUGGCCUGACCACAGGCCCCCACCAUUCCAGCUAGCCUACGAGGCAGAGCUGGGGAGCAGCCCCACCACCUGUGAGCUCUGGGCCCUUGCGGUGGCAGAAAGAAGGAGGCCUCACAUUCCCCCGAGCUGGUACCGUACUACCAUGGAGCCUGGUGGGUUGCCUGAGCUUCUGGAGGAUUGCUGGGAUUCAGACCCUGAAGCUCGACUUACAGCUGAAUGUGUACAGCACAGAUUGGCUAGGCUGAGACACCCCCCCGAAACCCCCGACUCUGAAGAGGGCUCUUCCAGUGUCCUUCCUUCCUUCUGCCCCCAACCCUGUCCUGCAAACCCUGGGAUAGCAAACCCACUCCCCUGGCAAGGGACCCCUUCGGACUCUAGCUGAGUAUGUGCGACACCCCUUUACCAAAAUACAGCAGCAUCUCCAUUUGCCCCUUACCAAGCAUUGCCAUGACUAUGUAAAUAUGUAGAUAUGUAGUUCACAUGUAAUCUAUGUACAUAUGCAUGUACGUAUCUACACCAAGCCACAUGUAGAGCGACUGUACGACUGGUUGUUUAUCCUCACAACCCUGCCCUUUCUACUCUAUCUGCUCCUGGACUCUCUUAUAGGUUUCCUGCUCUGUGACUGUCAGCAAAUGAAUCUGGAAGACAGUAGACUUUGGCAAAAUAGCAGAGGAGGGGUGUGCAGAUGGGGAAGGGGAGAAAAAAGGGCAAAGAAUAGUCAGCAAAGGGAUGUAAACAGGCUUAUAACUUAAUGAAAGACAAUUUUCUCAAUUCUUACAUUUUUUUUGCCUUCCAGACACUUUUUUGACUUCUCUCUCUUACAUCUCUGACAUUGUGCUCACCUAGAUUUUGUCUAAUUUUUAUCCAUCCUGGUUAGGUCAGCCCCUCACCCAGUGAAGGAGGGGAGGUGCAGGUAGAGACAGAGUUACUGAUGAAUAUCCAUGAGUUAAACCACUUACUACAAAGAAAUUCUACCAGCUCUAGUGUUGAGAUUGGUACAUUGGGUAGAUAACCCGACUUCUGCUUUCUCAGAAUUGUUGUUUAUUGUUUGUCCUUCGGUUUCGAAGAGGAGGAGGAUGUCCUGACUCGCAAGUGAA